AAACAAGUCUUAACCUCAAUUUUCCCAUUUUCCUAAAUAUUUUGAUAAUUUUUUCGAAGUUUUGUACGAGAAUUUUUUAUAUUUAGAUUAUCUAUUUAUUCACUGAACCGAAGAAUUUAGUUGAUACAGACUACUACCUCAGACUACCAUUAGGAGAUGAAGAUUUGAAUGAAAUCUAUACAAAUAAACUAUUUUCAUAAGUACCUUCUCAAGUGGCAACAUGAUUGGAAAGGUAGCAUUAUUUUCGAUUUUAGCAAUUCUAAUUGCAAUUUAUUUUUCUGGAGAUGCUUUAAAUUCAUUGUAUGAUGAUGAAGAGGAGUCAGGAAAACCUCUAAUGUUCACCACUGAAAGCUUAUCUGAAUUCAAUGGAAAGAUUUCUCCAAAGUUAUACCUAAGCAUAAUGGGGUUAGUAUUCGAUGUAUCUAAAGGAAUGAAACAUUAUGGUCCUGGUGCAUCUUAUAACUUUUUCAUAGGAAAGGAUACCACCAGAAACUUUGUUGAUGGAAAUUUCGAAUGCAAACAAAAUUGUGAUGAUGUCACUGGCCUAAGUUCACAAGAACUCAGGUCCUUAAUGGAUUGGGUAAAAUUCUAUAAGAAUAAUUAUGAUGAAGUAGGCAAACUGAUUGGAAAGUAUUAUGAUAUAGAAGGUAAUCCAACUCCUUAUGCAAAGAACAUACACAAAUUGAUUGAAAGGGCUUUGAAAGAAGAGACUGAAGAAGAUCGUUUAAAAUUAAAAUAUCCAGGAUGUAAUAUGGAGUGGAACUAUGAGCAGGGGACUCAUGUUUGGUGCACAGACCAAAGUGGAGGUAUUAAAAGAAACUGGAUUGGUGUUCCCAGAAAAUUUUUUUCACCAGGUGCUAAAGAUCACAGAUGUGCUUGUGUUAGAGAACAAGACAUCAAUUCGUCAAAUAUGAAGGAAUAUGAGGGUUGUGAUUCUAAGAGUACUGAAUGCUUUUUCAAGCAGUAGUAUUAACAUUUUUUUAUAUAUUUUGUUAUGUAUAUUCUUCUUUUUUGGAAUAAACAUGUUUGAAUAAAAAUUGGAAAUAUU